AUGGGAUAUGACAAUUAUGUUGUUAAAGAAGGCGAUUCUUGGGCGACUAUAGCAUUUCAGUUCGGAAUGUCACUUUACAAUCUACUUACUCCCCCCCCUCCGUGAGCGAGCAAUAAAAUUUUGUUCGGAGGGAGGUUAAUUUUUUUUUCAAAAAAAUUUAUAUAUACAUUUUAUCGUAAAAUUAUUUCGAAUUUAAAAAAAUCCCAAUUCGAAAAAAUUGAAGAGCAAAUAUUUAUUUAAUUUGUAAAUUUUUUUUUAAAAUGCUAGCUAAACAGAUUUAGAUAAAGAUUUCAUUAACUUAUAUAUCAAAAUUGUUUUUUCAUAAAAAAUUUUUUAUCUAGCUAACGGAGGGUUUAUUUUUGGGCAAAAAAAGUGAUUUUUCCAAUGGUUUGAUUGCUCUUGAAGAGAGGAGUUAGGAUUAACCAACUAACUGAGGAUUCUUUAGUUUUACCAGGAAUGGUCUUAAAAGUCAAAGAAGGACAGAAAAAACCCGCUGAAGAGGAAAAGAAAAUAGAGUCCCCAGCAACUCCACUGCAGGCUGAGGCUCAGAAAAAGGUUCAUAAACAAGAGGUUUAUUAUUGUACUCGUGAUGGUGAUGUUUUAGGAAUUCUCAGCGUAACAGAUGAACUUAUUAUGUUUGAUCCAUUUAUCAUCAAUAAAAAUUACUGCGAAAUUAUCUCUCCCCGCGGCAAAGAGAGAGCUAUUGCGUUGCAAUUCCAAGCUUGCAUGGAUAUGAGAGAUAUUAUAAAGUGCAGAAUUUAUGAAUUGCCUUCAAUAAAUAGUGUAUCAGUAGAAGAUAGUAAAGGGAGGGUAUUUUUUACCCAAUUCUUGCUCAGUAGGACUGGAAGAGAAAAAAGAGGACCAAGAAUAAACCUCCCUAAGGCGAAUGUUUAUUUUAGAGUAGUUUCUAUAUAGAUUGCUGAUUUAGUAAACUCAACAAGACUCACUUAUUUAGAGCAAAAAUCCACUGCAGAGCAGCUUUUAGCACUUAUAGAAGAAAAAAUAAAGUCCUUAGCAGUCAGCGAUGAGUUAGCAUCUUCUACUUAUGUGCCAUAUUUCGACGUAAAUAAGUCAUUUAAAAGAAUCGUGGAAGAGCACAUAAGUUCUUCGCCUCAAGAAGUCAAUAUAAACCCAGCUGACGACUAUGAAGAACUUAAAGCAGAAAUUGUAGAAAUCAACGAAGAAAUCAGUAAAAGCGCACAGCAGCAGAAUUUAGAUGAGCCAGAGUUUAUUCCGACUCUGUCAAGACAAUCAUUGAUUCUGUCUCAAAGAAUGAUAAACCAAAUAACAAUUUAUUUGCCUACAAUUCUUCAGAUGAGAAAUUGGGAAUUACUAUAUUCACCUAUAGUCCACGGGUCAAGCUUAUCUGUUUUCUAUCGACAAGUAGAAGCAACUGGCCCAAGUGUGAUGGUAAUCCAAGACCAAAACCACCAUGUUUUCGGAGGAUUUGUGUCCGAUACCUGGCAAAUGCACCAUACAUAUUACGGCACAGGUGACUGCUUUUUAUUUACUUUCCGUAACUCAGACCAAAUCACUUGUUAUUUUCCAACACUUAUCAAUGAUUAUUACAUGCACUCAGAUUUGGAUGCCCUUACAAUGGGCUCAGGGUAAUUUUUAUGUAGUGGAAAAGCUGGCCUUUACGUUGACAGAGAAUUAAUGUCAGGAUCUAGUGGGCACUCAGAAACCUACAAUAAUAGUGUCCUAAGCUCAACUGAAGACUUUGAAAUUUUAAAGCUUGAAGUAUGGGGAUUAGUCUAG